GCGCUCUGUGCUCGUGCAGCUUAUAAACUUUCCUGCACGAGAAGCGUCGGUCAGUGGUCGGUGGACCGUCCGCGCGCCGAGUCCGCGCGUCCUCGUGCGUUUCACCGGGAGUCAUGCGUGAUUAACGGAUUAUCAGGAACCGACUGAGAAGCGCGUGAGUCCGGAGAAAGUCCGGAGGAAACAUGGAGGCUGUGAGCGAGUGGAGCCCGCAGCAGGUUCUGGACUGGAUCCGAGGCCUGGACGACAGCCUGCAGCAGUACCUGCCGUGGUUCCAGCAGCAGCAGGUGGACGGGGAGCAGCUGCUGAGGAUGACCCACCAGGAGCUGCUGGUUCUGGGCGUGUCCCGGGUCGGACACCAGGAGCUGCUGCUGGAGGCCCUGGACCUGCUCUGCGCUCUGAACUACGGCGUGGAGUCGGACCACCUGAAGACGCUGGUGGGGAAGAUGAGGGCGGCUCACCACAACCUGAGCGGCGCCGUGACGCAGCGCAGGAAGAACCCGGCCUACCACAACAAGAACUCCCAUCAGCCCACCAACGAGUUCCUGACCGCCGUGGUGGAGCUGAUCGGGGCCGCCAAGAGUCUGCUGGCCUGGCUGGACAGGACUCCGCUGACGAGCCCCAGCGACUUCACCUCCACUAAAGGCAGGAUCAUCCAGCUGUGUCUGGAGCUGACCUCCACGGUCCAGAAGGACUGUACUGUUUAUGAGAUGGAGGAAAAGAUCCAGGAAGUGUCGCGAGCUCUGAAUGGCAUCUGUGAGAAGACGGCCCAGACGACCUCUGACCCGGCGAAGGUCGAGAGGUCCUGUCUGGAGGAAGUUCACAUCACCAACGUCAAACCAGGGGAGGGACUGGGGAUUUACAUCAAAUCCACGUACGACGGACUUCACAUCAUCACAGGAACCACAGAGAACUCUCCUGCUGAUAGAACCCAGAGGAUUCACGCUGGAGACGAGGUCGUCCAGGUCAACAAACAGACGGUGGUGGGGUGGCAGCUGAAACACCUGGUGGAGGCGCUGAGGGCGGAGACUGGCAGCGUCGCCCUGGUGGUGAAGAAGAGGCCGUGCAGCGUCUCCGGCGGCUUCGCACCCGCUCCUCUGAAGAACCUGCGCUGGAGGCCGCCCCUCGUUCAGACGUCUCAGAGAUCUUCAGGACUCUUCAGACCUCCUCAGCCUGAAACCUCAGGGAGAGCAGCCAUGUUGGAUCUGUACAUCCCUCCUCCUCCUGCAGCGCCGUACGUUCCCACAGACGGGACCACCAGCGUGUCUCCAGGUGUGAAGCGGAGGUCCAGGUCUCCGAACUCGUGUCUGGACUCGAACCCACGGCGCCGCGUCUCUGUGGCAGACGACAUCAGGACGUCCGUCAGUCCUGAACACAACCAGCCCAUCCCCGUCCACUUCCGCCAGCGCUCCUCUUCACGCUGUAAACCUCGACCCGUCUCCAUGCCGGCGGAGGCCUUCUCGGGCGUGUCCCACCGACCUGGAGCUCAUGGAAGGAAAGGUCAGGACGUUCUCCAAAAGUAUCUGAGUAACGAGGGGAUCAGCACCAUCACGGAGGAGGAGCCGUGUUUCCCGCUGCCGUACCGGGGCCACCCGUCUGUCCGGGGCGUCGACCACAUCCGAGGCAGCCAGUGCUUCAUCAACACCAACCUGCACAGCAGCGCCACCAUCCCCUACCAGGAGGCGGCGUCCAAGAAGCCCUGCUCCUCCUCCUCCUGCUCCACCUCCUCGCCCGCGGCCGUCUCUCCUCCUCCGCCUGCGACCAAGCCGUCGACCUCGCUGCUCGGAGGAUGGCUGGCUCGUCUCCGGCUGCUCAGCCACUGACGGAGGAGCAACCGGAUUGAAAUCUGAUCACAGACAAAUUCUCUCCUCCUGCAGGAAAAUGUAUUUAAUCGUCUACACUGUCACUUCCCUCAGCUGAAGACCUGCAGCAGCUGUCCACUCAAAGACUUCAUGAUGGAGGACAAAGGAAAGAGAAGACGACAAAACCUGCAACUUCUACUUUACACUGGUCAGAGCUCAGUCAGGAGGUUUCUGUCGUACUGGAGAGUCUGGUCACUGGUUAUCAGGCACAUUUUCUACUUCAAUAAUCAAUAAUCGAAAAUACGAAACUCUGACACCUGUUUACUCUCAUGUUCUACUUUUAAAGGCUCUAAACAAUCAUGAAGACUUGUGCUUGUUGACAUCCUGUGGUUUAAAGUCUCACUGAGCGUCAGAGACGUGAAGCUGAAUCAUCUUCUCCUCAAGGGGAAAUGUUACAAAUGUGAUCCUCGACCAGUUCAUCUAAUAUUGUGACCAAAGAUCUGCAAAACCAAAAACAUUCCCAUCAGAGCCACUUGUUCCAAAGGUUCAUUAAUUAAUUAAUUAAUUAUCAGAGAGGGCGAUUUCCUCCAGUUUAUGAAGCAGGUCAAGAAUGGACCAGUUCAGUGAAUCUGAAACUCUCCAGCAGAUGGACUUGAGAUCCUCAGCUGCUGCCGUAUGAGAACAAACUGGACCUGACGUCUCCUUCAGGGAGGGAAGCUGCUGAAACCUCAACUUCUUAUAUUAACUUUAAAAUCCCGAUUUGGGACAUUUUAAUUUGAAAUACAGUUCAUUUAAGCUUUUGAGUUAUUACACUGCUAACAGAAGAAAUGUGGAAACAUUACUACCUGUUCAGAAUUUGAAAGAUUCUCUAACGAGCCUCUCUCUCUUUCUCUCGUAUCUUCCCUUUUUAUUUGUUAAAAGAUAAACAACUUGUAAAUAUGUUGCAUCUUUUAUAGUUUUUAUUUGCUCUCUGUCAUCUCGACUUCAGUCAUGUCUGAUUUUAUAUAUAUAUAUAUUUGAGUAUAUCAACUUAUGAGGUAAAGGAGCUAUAGAGUAAUUUUAAAUAUUCACUAACACUCAAAUACAACAUAAGCAAACAUUAACAAAAGGUUCACCAGCUUUUAUGACUUUUAAUAUAUUUUCAGAAAUAGGUCGUCAGGUUAUUUCACAUUAAAACUUUUCCCUGUAUCUAGACAUAAUAUGAAAAAGUCCAUGUAUUUCAUAAACUGUCAAACUAAAGAAAACAAACAAUCACAGCUUUGCACUGGUAACGCCAAAGAGAAAUAUAAUAAGUUGUCAUCUGUGGAUACGUGGAUGUUGAUUCACUGGAGGCUGCGUAAAGUUUUUAUGUAAACCUGAUUUGUAGCAUUUAUCACUUUGAAGAAAAAUCAGUUUCCUCUUUGAAGAUCUCCUGUUUCCAUCAUUAACCCUGUGACGGAGUUCCUCAGGGAAGCGUCACGGAUCCCCUCAUGUUUUAAAUCUGAGUUGUUACUUUAAAGAUCCUAAAGUGUUUCUGGUUCAUACAGGUUCCAUGAAGCCUGAGGAUCAGUGUAUCAAAGUAAAUAUCACAACUUUGUGUCUCCUCCUUCUGCCGGAUACUUUUUGAUCUAACUGAUGAAUUUAGAUGUUUGGUUUCUGAAAACAAUAUUUGGUCAAAAUGUAACUUUUUACAGAUAAAUUCUAUCUUUUCUCAUCUCACAAAUAAAAAGUUGAAGGGAGUGUGUCAACCUGGAAUUACCACUUGUGGCCACAGUGGCCGCUGUUCAGUUAAAGUUACAUGUUCUCACUUUCAGGUGAAAAUGAAUCUUGUGUUAAUUGUUCAGGAACAUUCGCUUGUUGUCAUUUUGCUGAGUCACAUUUGAAUCUGUUUUCUGUUUGAGUCAUUUUGUUCAGCUGUUUGAAUCUGAAGUGUGCCGGAGCUCUGCGACUCUUUAACCUGUCAAAUACUUCACAAUAAAGGUCAGUUUGUUUUUAAA